UACCCAAAAUCUCUCGUGUACGAAACACAAGUUUCUUUCAUGAACGGAGUUAGACCCGCUGCAGGCUAAAUCUCCUGGUCCACCUUUUAAAAAUGACGUCACAUUGUAGCCCCGCCCACUGGGAGGUGAACGGAAGUGAAAGGAAACAGGCAGGCUAGUGUGGCCCUGACAGCAGAAAAACUGCUGUGACGCGAAGAAAGACCUUAAAAAAAAUAAGAAAGAAAAACAUUUGUUUCCGUUCUUUAGUUGAGAAAACUGGAUGGUGUGGAAGUAGAUAUUAGGUCAACAUGGUACUCAUCUGGGAGCCUCUUCCGAAGACGUUGAAACAGCUGGUGUUACUUUCCGCCUUGUUCCGUCUUGUUGUGUCUCAGGGUGAAGACAAGAAGCAGUUGCGACGAAGCACCGGUGCUUCGGAAACGGUAGAGACUUACAACCAAUACUACAAUUAUGUUGACCUAACGAAACGCUUACAGGCUUUAGCGCAGAGCUACCCCCACAUUGCGAACCUGUCGAGCAUUGGUCGGUCCGUGGAGGGCAGGGAGUUGUGGGUGAUGCGGGUCACCGUGGAGCCCAACAAAGACACGCCGGGAAAACCUAAAUUUAAGUACGUGGGGAACAUGCACGGAGAUGAGACCGUGUCCAGACAGGUGUUGGUCUACCUGGUGGAGUACCUGCUCGCUAAGUAUGGGGAGGAGGAUCGAAUCACACAGCUGGUGAACAGCACGGAUAUUUACAUCAUGCCCAGCAUGAACCCUGACGGCUUUGAGAAGUCAAAGGAAGGGGACUGCGAAGGUGUAAACGACGGUCGAAAUAAUGCCAGACAUAAGGACCUAAACAGAAGUUUUCCCGAUCAGUUUGAGGGGACAACAGUGAGUGGUCCAGAUACCAUUCCAGAGGUGAUGGAAGUGAUAAAAUGGAUCAAGGAGAACAAAUUUGUUCUCUCUGGGAACCUGCACGGCGGCUCUGUGGUGGCCAGUUACCCUUUCGACGACUCUGCCUCCCACCAGCAAGGGGGCUUCUACAGCCAGUCGGCCGAUGACAGUCUGUUUCGCUACCUGGCCCUGGUGUAUUCCCAAAAUCACCCUGUGAUGAAGACGGGUCACCCUAAAUGUCCCGACUCUCUCGGAGAAACCUUUAAAGACGGGAUCACCAACGGAGCCAAGUGGUAUGAUGUGCCAGGAGGAAUGCAGGACUACAACUACCUGUAUGGAAACUGCCUGGAAAUCACUAUGGAGCUGAGCUGCUGUAAGCACCCUGCAGCUUCUGAGCUGCCUCGUGAAUGGGAUCUGAACAGGGAGUCCCUUCUGGCCUACAUGGAAAAGGUACACAUGGGAGUCCGUGGCUUUGUGAAAGAUGCAGUCAGCGGUGCCGCCCUCAGCAAUGUCAGCAUUGUGGUUGCUGAUAUCCGCCACAACCUGACCACAGCAAAAUUUGGAGACUACUACCGCCUUCUGCUCCCGGGAACCUACAACAUCACAGCUGUGGUUUCAGGGUACCUACCAAAGACAUUCAACAAUGUUCAGGUUAUUGAUGGCAAACCCACUGAGAUUAACUUCAACCUGCAGCCUGUUGUCAGUGAGGCUUCUGGCGAAACCCCCCAAACUACAACCUCAACUCCAUCCACCAGUCACCUCGUUACUCCCUCUACGAAGGCUUCCAACAGCAGCCAGGCUCACGCAGUUCCCACCACCCCUCCGUUCGUCCCACCUGGUCAUGAGCCCAUCCAUCCAAAAGAGUUUCGUCACCACAACUAUGCAGACAUGGAGCUCUUCUUACGAAAGUACAGCAACGAGUUUUCCUCCAUUACCCAUCUUUACUCCAUCGGCCGCUCUGUACAAGACCGGGAGCUGUAUGUGAUGAUAAUCUCGGACAACCCUAAUGUUCACGAGCACGGGGAGCCGGAGUUCAAGUAUGUGGGCAACAUGCACGGUAAUGAGGUGGUGGGAAGGGAACUGCUACUCAACCUCAUUGAAUAUCUGUGUCGCAACUACGGUACCGACCUUGAGGUUACUCAGCUGGUCAACAGCACUAGGAUUCACAUCAUGCCCUCCAUGAACCCCGAUGGCUACGAGGUGGCUGUGGAAGGUGACGUGAAGGGCUACAGAGGACGGAACAACAGCAAUGAUUAUGAUCUGAAUCGCAACUUUCCAGACCAGUUUGUCACCAUCACCGAACCCAGGCAGCCAGAGACUAUAGCUGUCAUGAGCUGGUUGAAGAGCACCCCGUUUGUUUUGUCUGCAAACCUCCACGGAGGCUCCUUGGUGGUCAACUACCCGUUCGAUGAUGACAAAGAGGAGCUUAGUCAUUACAGCAGGUCGCCUGAUGAUGAAGUAUUUAAGCAGGUGGCCAAAGCGUACUCACAGGAGAAUCCUCUUAUGUACAAAGGACACCCUUGUGACGACCUGGACCCAGAGGACUAUUUUAAGGAUGGCAUCACUAAUGGAGCCAACUGGUACACUGUUCCCGGUGGGAUGCAGGACUGGAAUUACAUCAACACAAACUGCUUCGAGGUGACCAUCGAGCUGGGCUGCGUCAAGUACCCCCUGGCUAAGGAGCUGCCAAAAUACUGGGAACAAAACUGGAGAGCUUUGCUGCAGUUUAUGCACCAGGUUCACACUGGAAUAAAAGGCACAGUUUCUGAUGACCAGGAUAAAGUGGGAAUUCCCAAUGCCACCAUCAGCGUGGGGAGAAUAGACCACAAUGUCACUACAGGUCAUACUGGAGACUACUGGAGACUGCUGGUUCCUGGGACUUAUGCAGUCACUGCCUCUGCUGAUGGGUAUAAACCCUUGACGACCUAUGCUACGGUCUCAAAGGACCGAGCAGAGGUAGUGGACUUCAGGCUGACCCGCUUAAACUCGGAAAAUACCGGCCAUGCGUCCACUGUUCCCCAGCUGACCCGGAGCCCAUCUGACAGGGAGCUCAACAGCUUGAUAAAGGAGCUGUCUCUAGACCAAGGUUUGGAGCAGCUGGUCAAAAGCACAGCCACCGGAAGCAGCUUCCGCUACCGACACCCAAAAGACCUGGAAGCUGUCUUGAGAGGCCUCACGCUUAACUUCCCCCAAAUUACAUCUUUACACAGACUGGGUCAAAGUGUAGAGUUUAGACACAUUUUGGCUCUGGAGAUCUCCAACAAUCCAGCAGAACCCGAGCCGUCUGAACCGAAGAUCCGCUUCGUGGCGGGGAUCCAUGGCAACGCUCCUGUGGGCACGGAGCUGCUGCUGGAGUUUGCCGCUUCCUUGUGCAUCAACUACGGCAAGAACACCGCCAUUUCCAAGCUAAUCAACGAGACCCACAUCUUCAUUGUGCCCUCCAUCAACCCUGACGGACGGGAACAGGCGGCGGAGAAGAAAUGCUCGUCCAGCCGCGGCCUGACCAACUCCAAUGACAAAGACCUUGACAAGACGUUUUUCGGCAACUCAUCGCAGCAUUUGAUGGAGCCAGAACCAGAGACCAAAGCAAUGAUGAAUUUUAUUCAAAGCCAUGACUUCAGUCUGUCUGUUGCCCUGGAUGGAGGCGCUCUGGUUGUCACCUACCCUUAUGACAAACCUGUUCAGACUGUUAAUAGUGAAGCCACUUUGAAGUACUUGGCAAAAGUGUACGCCAAGAACCAUCCCAAGAUGCACCCCGGUGACACUGCAUGUUCCAACAACGGGCAAAUGGGAAAUGUCCCAGAUGGAGUGAUGAGAGCAGCAGAACUGCAAAGUCACCUGGGGAGCAUGAAGGACUUCAGUAUGGAUUAUGGACACUGCCCAGAAAUCACAGUAUAUACUGGCUGCUGUUUGUUUCCUGCUGCUAACCAGCUGGGCACGCUGUGGGCUGAGAACAAAAAGGCUCUCCUCAGCAUGCUGGUGGAGGUCCAUAAAGGGGUGCGUGGCGUAGUGAGGGACAGAAGUGGGAAACCGAUUGUCGGAGCGACCAUUUUUCUGAACACAACCCUGAAAGCCUCUACUUCUGAGGGCGGCUACUUCCACGUCCUCGUCCACCCGGGCUAUUAUAACAUUGACGCUAUAGCUGAAGGCUAUCAGAGUCACCAUAAACAGGUUGUGGUCACUUCCCAUGAAGCUGCUGCUUUUGUCCUGAUAGAGUUUGAUGUCGACAACAACAUAUUUGGAUUGCAAAGGGAGUUUGUUGUGGCCUGUGCAGCUGCCUCCAUGACAGCGCUGGUGUUGACGGCGUGCAUCAUCUGGUGCGUGUGCUCAGCGAAGUCCGACCAUCAGAAGGACGGCUUCCACCGGUUGCGGCAGCACCGCGACGAAUACGACGAUGAAAUCCACCUCAACUCCAUGGGCUCCAAAAAGUCCCUGCUCGCCCACGAGUUUCAGGACGAAAGCGAAAGUGAUGAAGAGACACUUUGUCCUGCUGGUGGACUCCUGCCUGACCAGCAGGGGGCGAUGGAGGACAAUGAUGAUGAUGAACACAGAGUGAAUGAAGAAGUUCCUCUCCAGCCUCAUUGAUCCUUUGCAGCGGCUUCUUUGUUUUCCGAGCCAUUCAAAAAGGCCUCUGUUUGUUCUGCACCAGUUUAAAGGCCAAGCUGCCAAGUCCAAAUGAACUCCUGAAAACAAAUCUAGCAAGAAGUGCUGUAUCGCCCAAAAUAGAUCUUUGAAAUAAGCAACAAUUUAAUAAUCCUUCAGAAUUGGAAAUCCCUAAUUUUUUUAUCUUUUUAUUUCUUGAUCCAAAGUAGAAUAGCUGCACUGAAAGUGUCCGAGCCUUUUGGAGAACGACUCCAACUCUGUGCCUUGGCUUCUGAAGGUUUUUCUGUCCAGUCAGACUGAAAUAGAUGAAACAAAGCUGCAUCUGCUUUCAAUAACACUGAGUUUAUGCUGGGAAUUGAUCCAUCCAGUAGUCUGCUGAUGAGAAAAGAUGGAAAAAUCUUUUUCGUUAACGUUUUGGCACAAUUUUAAGGUGACUUGCCUGAAAGUUUGUCAGUUUUGUGUUUUUUGUCAGGCUUAAAUAAAAUUUGCCCUGGACUGGAAAGUGCAUAAGGAGAGUUCGCCUACAUUAAGGGCUUUUACGCCACCAGACCGGACCCAGUUCUAAAAUGAUCCGAGUAUUUGCUGGAGUCUGGUUCUUAGAACAACACUGUUGUGAGUGCCAUGUUUAAAAAUUUAGUUUAGUCUUUGAGCUAAUUUAAGUAAAAGCAUGGUAGAAACUCUGAAUAAAUUAAGAGUUUAUCAGUUGAGUAAGACUAGCUUUUUGUUUCCCAGUGUUUAUUUUAUUUAUUUUUUUGUUUAAAAUUUGAUUUAAUUGAUAAGCUGCUGAAAUUAGAGCGUUCAUUCACAGAUAACAGGAUUUGCAUAGGUCAGUUCUCUCCCAGAAGAUCACAUAUUUACUGGUUAAGUUGUUCAUGGUGAUGCAAUGAUGCAGUAUCGAGAUGGUUCCAUGGCUGUUGAAAAGUGACCAGUUCUUUUAUAAAACCAGUUAAGAACUGCAUCCAGCACCACUGGAACCACUUUGGUGGAAAAAUCCCAGAACUGGAAAGCAAGGACCUGCUGAAAGACAAAAAAAAGCAUUAAAUAUGUAGUGAUGAUUGUAUUUAUUAUUCCCUUUUUCAGUAGAUUUAUGUUUCAGUAUAACUUUGUUUUGUGUAUGGAAAGUUACUGCUGGUUUUUAGUUGUCCUGUCAUUUUUAUCAUAACCUUCCUUUUUUAGCUUUACUUUGUUUUCUGAUAUUUUUGAUGACAAAAUACUUCAAUUUAAAAUCAAACUUGGUUUGUUUGCCAAUUAAUUAAUAAAAAAAUUACAUCGAAGGUAUUUGUGCCCCACAACAUAAAAUUGUAGCUCUCAAACUUCUGAAAUUAUCCAAAUAAAAUCCUCCUCAGUAUCUCCAGGUUGUAACUUUUCCUAUGUGUUUAAUAGUUGUUUCUCGUUGACUCAUUCUGUGAGAGACAAGUUUUCCAAAGACAUGGGAGUCACAUGGAAAGCUUUAAAAUAGUGGAAACUAUGGUUAUAUUGUGUCUCUUUUAGGUUUUCUAACUUCAUAAAUAUAAUCAAAAGCAUUUCAAAACAAACCAGAUAAAUCACCAAAAUCAAAAACGGGAUAGAUUUGCUCAAGCCUGAAAUGCUCAAUUACUGUUGGUUGCCAUGAAAUCACUGAAAGUGCAUUGGGAAAGGCAAAUGUACGGUUUAGCAGCAAUAUAUUCUUGUUCACUCCCAAGUUUACCUUGACCUCCAGCUAUUUUCACAAGAGAUUAUUUCUUAAAAUUUGCAUUGGGAGACAGUUUUAUAAAUUAUUUUUCUUAUGCUAUGUCUGUGAAGCCCCUUCGAAUUCUCUCUGAGCUUUUGAAAGUGUCACACAGUGUGGGUGUGAAGAUUUUAUAUAAAGAAACUGGAACUGUAAAUAUUGUUUGUCAAUUGUACUUGAUGCUUGCGGUAAAUCCACACACAGCAGAACAUUUCACCAGAACCUUGAUGUGAUCAUAAUAUGCUAACAUGCACAACAAACAUGCAAAACUACACAAUAAAACACCUGACGGCCACA